CCCUGUGAUACGCACGCAUAUCGCCUUCUCUCCAUUCUUCCUCCAAUGUUAGUACUGGGAGUGUUGGUGGUUAUAGCCACAGUAGCCACGACUGUGGUAUCGCAAUUACAUCCCAGCGAGCCGGCAAAAUAUCACCAAUUACCCACUCUUCGAGAACAAGCGGUCAUCUUAGACGGUUGGCGAGACGAAAGGGUAGCUCGCAUCCCGCAGCUGUUGAAGAAAUAUGAUAUUGAUGUCUGGCUCAUGAGCCAACGUGAAUACGCUGAAGACACCAUUUGGUGGUCAAUCAAAGACGCACUAGAAUUCGCAUCUCAUCGCAGGACCGUCUUACUCUUCCACACAACCUCAUCCUCCCUCUCAGGUCAGCCCAACCCAUUACGCUGGGUUGACAAUACAGGGGAUGUAUGGCCAGAGCUCCGCCAGAUUCUUGAAGACUACAACCCCAAACGGAUAGCAGUGAAUGUGGAUCGGAAUAUAGCCUUUGGAGGAGGCCUGCACGUCGGCGAAUGGGAAGUCCUGCAAGAGCAACUUGGUGCAAAGUGGGUGGAGAGAAUGGUGAAUGAGCCUAUGCUUGGGAUUGAGUUUGUGGCUGCGAGGGUACCUGGACAAUUAGAGUAUUACAAGCAGAUGCAAGAGACUACUUGGGCGCUGAUUGAAGAAGCAUUCAGCGAACGUGUGAUUACAUCUGGUAUCACAACGACUGAGGACGUCGAAUGGUGGUAUAGAGAGAAAAUGCAAGAACAAAAUGUCUCUACCUGGAAUCAUCCUCGUGUCUCAGUCAUCACACCAGAGUCCUUCCCAGGGUGGGAAGGCACCAAGGACAUAAUCCAGGAAGGCGACCUUUUGCACGUUGACUUUGGCAUCACGGCUAUGGGCAUGAACACAGACACACAACACAUGGCCUAUGUCCUUCGAACAUCUGAAGGAGAGGAGGGCGUCCCAGAGGGUUUAAAGCAAGGCCUGAAGAAAGCUAAUCGGAUGCAGGAUAUCUCUUUGGAGAGGAUGAAAGCGGGUAAGACUGGGAACCAGGUCUUGAAGGAAUGCCUAGACCAGAUGAAACUCGAAGGGAUCGAGGGUCAGAUAUACUCUCACGCAAUUGGAGAUUGGGGGCAUUCGGCGGGAGCUGUCAUGGGAUUCACCAACUUGCCCGAAUACGUCCCUGUACUAGGUGAAUUGGAAAUCUUGUCCAACACCUUCUACAGCAUUGAGUUAUAUGCGUAUCAUUUCGUUCCGGAGAGAAACGAGACUUUGAGGUUCAGGAUAGAAGAAGAUGCUCAUUGGGUCGACGAUAAAGGGGGUUGGGAGUUUGUCAGAGGGCGACAAGAGAAAUUUCAUGUAGUCAAUAGCACAACGACUCGCAAGCCUGACAUGCUUAGGGUUCAGCUCUGAUAAAAGAGAUACUGUUAGACCGAUAUAACAUCAGCGCGAGGAAUAAUACGUCAACGAGAAC